UCAGGAGCAAGCAGCCCAGAUACCUACUUCUCAAUGACACUAGGCGGACUGUCACUACUCUUCCUGGUCCUCUUCGGUAUCAUCUCCAACUCCCUCGCUAUCCACUACUUCAGCAAACAGCUCAGAUCCCACGUUCUCUCCAGAAUAUUCUGCACCAUCUCCCUCACAGACCUACUCACCUCCGCUCUGACCCUGUUUGUAGCGCUCUGCUACUGCGAGGGUCGGGGCCCCAGUUUGUUUACUAACAACAGUUUUAGGGAGGUGUGGGGCUCGCUGUGGAACUUAUCCAGCAGGUACUCUGUGUACCUGGUAGCUGUUAUCAGUAUCACCCGGACAGUCAGGAUAGCCUUCCCUUUCACUCCUCUUAAAACUAUGAUCCUCAAUAUGGGGCUAGCCUGGUACGCUGUGUUCCUGGUGGCCACCACUCCAGCGCUCUACAACGUCACCCACUACUACAAGUCUGUGUGGUGCGCUGUGGCGCUCAACAAGUCCCAGUUUGUCAAGGUACACGACGCCAAGUACUACAUGAUCGUCAUGUCCAUACCCUUUGGUACCCUCGUCUUACUACCCCUGGUCAUGACCAGUGCGGGGAUCUGCAUCUACAAGAUCCACAAACAUAUAAACAGGGUGGUUAAACGCAGACAGAAGAGAAAUAGUAUCAUUUCAGUACGCACCCCUCCCAACACAGAUGGUGCAGUCAGAUCAGCCAUCACCAUCGUCAUAUUCACCCUGAUAUACCUGACACUAAACAUCCCGUAUUGUGCCAUCUACCUUUACGUUCAGGUCCAAGCAGCUCGUCUCUCCCUGCCUCCUCCUCUAGUUAUACCAGACACCAAUGUUAAGAGAUAUCUGACGGGGUUUACUCACGUGCUCAGUAUCUCCAUCAACGCUGCCUUGAACCCUGUGCUGUAUUAUUGGCGUAUGAGCGAUUUUAGGGACUAUGUUAAUAAUCUGAUUGGUCGGAAUGCCAGAAUGGCAGCGUCUGUGUUUUGGUCCAGUAACGGUGGAGUCGGGGUCGCUAAUUUUGUUGUUAGUCCUGCUCCGGAGCCAUAAUAUUUUACUGACGAUGAAAGUAAAUUGUUAUAGAUUAUGAUAAGUUUAGUCUUAGCAUCAAGAACCUGCACAUUGUAAACCGCGUACACAUCUUCAUGGCCCAUGAGGUAUGUAGACAUUGUAUUAAGUGUAAAACCACACUUCCUCAUGGAGCAGUUGGGGAGAGUAGAGUUAUCGUCCUGUAAUGUUGUUUUAAUUAAUCCAACAUUGUCAAACCAGAUGUUAAACCAGCGACCAAAUUGAGGCAGAGACUCUGAGAAUACUGACAGAACUAUUUAAUUGUUCAAUUGUGCCUAAUUUUCUCGAUGAUUUUCCAUUAAUCUGUAAAAUGCUGUUUUUGUUUCAAAAUUGUUUCUUUUAAUU